ACAAUUAAUACCACAAAUCAAACCCCUUUUAUAAAGAGGACAUCGGCAUCUCUUCCUUUUUGAUUUUCCCAAUAAAAGUUUUUAAGAGUUUUAUCAUUUUAUUGUUCGGCGCUAGUGUGUUAGUGAACUCUUGUGCAAUCUUGAACUAAGAUGUUGGGUGCUACCCUAUAGUGUUUUCGAUGAUAUCGACUUAUUCUUUCUGACAAUUGAUAGUAAAAUCUAACUGGGAAUGUUUAGUGCAACAAAUGUUUCAUAACUUAAAGUGAUUUAGUGCGAUAUUAACUUAAAUAAAAGACAAUUCUAUUAAGAAAUGGACCAAAUGGAGAAAAUGGAAAUAUCCGAUAAUCCGAAAGCUACUCAAUCUUAUCAACCAACCCCCUUCAGCAUAGCUGAUAUUUUAAGUAGAACCACAUCAAAUGAAUUGCCAGAGAGAAGCCACUCUACUGGUGAAACUGGCUUGGAGUUUACAAAGGCGAAAAAAGAAGGUUUUGAGGGAAGGUUAAUCGAAUCCGGAAGUGAGCAGGAUGCCCACCUAUCACGUUUUCCGAAACUACCAACCCCCGAACUGAACAUUUCGCGAGAACUGGAUAUCUUAAGGAGGAAUCUCGUUCAUGCCAAUUUGUCGAAUUUCGGGAACCUGCCACAAAUGAACCACAGUUUUAAGCAUGUUGACAAUUUCGGGAAUGUUAUUCCUUAUCAGGAAAGCAAGGAAGCCAGGUUCUCACAAAGACAGCAGGAUGAAGCUUUGGACAUGAGCAAAAGUAAAUAUCUUGAUGAUAUGGAGGAGGAGAUUUACGAGUCACAAUCGCACAGUUCGAGUCUUCAAGGUCGAAAAAAACGAAGUAGAGCUGCCUUCUCACACGCUCAAGUUUAUGAGCUCGAAAGACGAUUUGCAGCUCAAAAGUACCUUUCUGGCCCAGAAAGAGCGGAUUUAGCACGAGGACUAAAACUCACAGAAACUCAAGUCAAAAUUUGGUUUCAAAAUCGACGAUACAAAACAAAAAGACGUCAACAACAAGAGCUUGGAACUUUAGUGAAUUCUGGAACAGCGAGGCGCGUGGCUGUUCGAGUUUUAGUCCAUCCGGAUGAGCAUUUGAGAGGAUUGCCACUUCGUGGCUCCGGCCAAAUUCCAGGACACAUGUCGGGGCCACAAAUUCAUCCUGUGAACAAACCUCUGAAUGGAUUUCCGUAUUAUUGCCUACCCUAUCAUCCCCUCCUUUGUUCACCAAUGCAUUCGCCCCAAAUUCAAGUUCAAACAACAAUUCCGGGAAUGGAACACGAAACAAGAGACACGCGAAUGUCAAAAAUAGACAACCAAAAAUAAAA